AAUUACUUCUAGUGAACAGCUGGUGACCUGGUUUGAUUUUCUUCCUUUAAAGCACCUGGAGGACUCCAGUGAGAAUUGGAGUGUGAAAAGUUAGCGGGGGAAAGAAGUCACUGUUUCCAUUCCAUGGAUCCCUUGGGUGCUCCUUCCCAGUUUGUGGAUGUUGACAGUCUGCCAGGCUGGACUGAUGCCUAUGAGGCUAAGCAGCUGGACUCUCACCAAAAUCCUGUUGAAAAAGCUCAAGUUGAUGUUAGAUCACCUUUUCCAUACAGGAAAGACAUCAAUGCAAAAAUAAUUUUAUGGAAAGGAGAUGUAGCAUUACUGAACUGCACAGCCAUAGUGAAUACCAGUAAUGAGUCUCUCACUGAUAAGAAUCCAGUAUCUGAAAGCAUAUUCAUGCAUGCUGGGCCUGACCUAAGGGAUGAACUCCAGAAGCUCAAAGGGUGCAGGACAGGCGAGGCUAAACUCACCAAAGGAUUUAAUUUGGCUGCACGUUUCAUCAUUCACACAGUGGGACCCAAAUACAAAAGUCGGUAUCGCACAGCAGCCGAGAGUUCUCUCUACAGCUGUUACCGCAAUGUCCUGCAGCUUGCGAAGGAACAGGCAAUGUGCUCUGUAGGAUUUUGUGUCAUUAACUCUCUGAAAAGAUGCUACCCCUUGGAGGAUGCAACCCACAUAGCACUGCGCACAGUUAGAAGGUUCCUGGAGAUUCAUGGAGAGACUCUGGAGAAGGUGGUGUUUGCAGUCUCUGAGGUUGAAGAGGCCACUUACCAGAAGUUGCUGCCUCUGUAUUUUCCAAGAUCCUUGGAAGAAGAGAUACAAUCCUUGCCUUACCUCCCUGCAGAUAUUGGCAAUGCAGAAGGGGAGCCUGUAGUACCAGAGCGGCAGAUCAGGAUUACUGAAAAGCCGGGUGUUCCAGAUGAUGCUUCAGAUGAAGAGGGUCUGGAGGCAGAUUUGUCUUUCAUUGGUUCCCAUGCUUUUGCCCGCAUGGAGGGAGAUGUUGAUAAACAGAGACGCCUCAUUCUUCAGGGACAGUUGUCAGAAGCAGCACUGCAAAAACAGCAUCAGAGGAAUUAUAAUCGCUGGCUGUGUCAGGCAAGAGCUGAAGACCUCUCUGAUAUUGCUUCUCUUAAAGCCUUGUAUCAGACAGGUGUAGAUAACUGUGGCCGCACAGUGAUGGUGGUGGUUGGAAGGAAUAUCCCUGUAACAUUGAUAGACAUGGAAAAGGCUCUUCUGUAUUUCAUCCAUGUCAUGGAUCAUAUUGCAGUGAAAGAAUAUGUCCUGGUGUACUUCCAUACGCUCACAAAUGAUUACAAUCAACUAGACUCUAAUUUCUUGAAGAAACUCUAUGAUGUUGUUGAUGCCAAGUACAAGAGGAACUUAAAGGCACUGUAUUUUGUCCACCCAACAUUUCGUUCAAAGGUCUCAGCAUGGUUUUUCACAACCUUUACAGUCUCAGGGCUAAAGGACAAAAUCCACUAUGUGGAAAGCCUUCAGCAGUUAUUCGCAGCCAUACCCCCAGAACAGAUUGAUCUCCCCCCUUUCGUCCUCGAGUAUGAUGCCAGGGAAAAUGGGCCUUACUAUUCUUCUUAUCCUCCAUCCCCUGACUUGUGAUCUGCAGUCCUGCGAUGCUGCUGGUUUCCCAUGGAUCCAAUGACCUGAUGCCUGCCAAAACCUGUGCAUUUGCCCAUGUACAGAAUUCAGAGAGAGGGUUUUCCUCCCCCAGCUCUGGUAUUUUUUUACUGAUGAAAUAUUUUCAAGCACUCAAGCAAUCAGAGAACUUUAUGCCACUGUGAACUGUACAACUAUUUCAAAUAUAUUUAUCCAAUGGAAAAGUUGAUUUAAAGGUCACUAGGUACAUUUUAUUUUGUUCUUUUUUUUUUUUUUAAGCUGUUGCAUUUAUUUCUGAUCAGACUUGCUUUUCUGGGAAAUCCAUCAAAAGCACUCAUCACAGGGUCUCUGUGUUUCAAGUCUGGUUACUUUCCCUUUCUGUUACUGCUAAUUACUUUGGUCUUGACCCAGCAAAAGUAUCUGGAAUUGGGAAUGCCAUGUCUGCAGGCUGAACAAAGCACUACAGCCAAGCCAAGAUUACUGCAAGACUUGGUACCGUAAAUGCUAAGGUGAGCUAGGAGCCUUGAAAAAGUCACUGUCAGUUAUCAUUGGAUGAUGUGACAUGUCAGGAUGCCACUACCCUCCCAGUAAGAAUAAAAUUGAAAAGCAUUUGCGGUUUCUUUUCUCUAACUAUAGUUGUUUAUGUUCUCCUUUGACGUGGCCAGAUGUGUUUGUACGAUAAAUGAAUGCCAUCUGCCUGAAGUACGUGUGGAGGGGAGGGGGAAAUGGUGACUCCAACCCCAACCUCUGGUAGCAGAGAUUGUUUCUUAGAGAUAUCUGCAUCCCUUUUAUUUCCUGUUACGCUGACACUCACUGAUUUUUUGACAGACACAAUACAUGUAAGAGAGCUCAGCCACAGAGUACUUAUGGAACUGGAGGUGAAGUUUUUCAUCCUGCUGGUGGAAAGCUAAGAGAGGAGGGAGAAGGCUCCCAUGUAAAACAUAACCAGGGAUGGCAAUCCUAAAUACAGGAGGAUGGAAUCCCUGGUAGGAAGAAUGUCACAACAGUACUGAGUAUGAAAAUGAUGAUACGAUUUUCAUGUUUUCACUCUAGCUGCUUUCCUGCCCUGACUUGCAUCUGCUACUCUCUCUUUACCAAGCUUCAGUCUUCUUCUGUUCUGCCACUUCUGCAAUAACUACCUUUUUCAAGCAUAAGCAAAAGUCAUCAUGAGAUUGUCCUAGAAGGUGGUUACUCACCCCCAUUGACUUGAUUGGAAAUAGAUCUCUCUUCUGUGUAAAGAUACUGUGAACUUUUGAGAUAAACAGGAAAAAAGUCCUCCCUUGGCCAUGGUCAUCUAAUUACACGUCAACAGAAUUUGUGUUGCAGUCUGAGAGUUUGUGCUUUUGGAAAUUCAGAGUGCAGUGAAGGAUGGGCUGUACUGAAUUUCCUUUCUUUCCUACCUUGGCCUCCUGGCUUAAUGUUGUGUUUAUACUCCACAUAUCCUCAGCAUGUUGGUAUGUCAGUUACAGAUUAAGAUAAUCACUUGGCUGGGGUUUAACAGUGAUGGUUAUACAACAUCUAAAAAGCAAGUGGUUUUGCUUUUUAAGUGUCCCCCAGGGUCCUUAUGUGAUUCCAUUAUUAGAUGUGAGGUGCUGCUAAAAGCUGGAAACUGUAGCACAGAGAAAACCACCUUGCUGCUUGUAUUUGGGAAUGUUGCACCUUAUGGUCGUUCACAUGUGAUUCUUUCAGCCCCUUUCUGGUGUUUUUUGAGGGAAGGAAAUAGCUGCUCUGCACAGACUGCUGCUACCACGUGUCCCUACCUCCUCUUUUCACGUAGCUGUUUACAGCUGCCCUUGUCUAGUGACUUUUAUAGCCAGCAAUGAAUUUUCCAUGCUUCUCUAAUGAUUUGUAUAGCUUUCCACCCCCAGUAACCAUCUGCUGUUUUUCACACCCAUGGCAUUUUCAGUGGGGCUGUUGCAGAAUAGCCAGCAUCCACUUAACAGGAAAAUUAAAGGUGAUUCAGAGCGUAUUGCGAAAAACGAACUCUCAGCUUCACAGUUUUUAGAUGGUUUCUGUCCCUUUACCUUACAGAUGGCUCAGAGUCAUAAAACCUAAACAGUGCUUCUUAGGACUCAGUCUGCACGUUUUUCAAACGCUGGUCCAGUCAUUUUAAGAAAUGACUUGGCUCAGUCGAGUGCGAAUCUGCCUCCAGAGCAUUUGCAAAGCAAAAAGGAGAUCUUGGCACUUUGCAUCUUAUUGUGUGUAUUUUUCCCUUGAAAGACUUUCCUUUAAUUUUUUUUUUUUUACCCAAGUCUCAGUGGCAAGACAGACCUGCAUUGUGCUGCAAAAAUCCUGCAUUUUCCAGUGAGUCUGGAAUUGUGGCGAUUUACCAAUUUUUUUUUUUA